AUGAACUCUUAAAUCGAAAGAAACUCUGAUCCUCCCCGCACUAAUGUGAUUUUGGUUGUUAUAACUAACAAGGCUAACAAGACUCUGAGUCAUGAUAAGUAUUUUAAGGUGUUUAGUCCUUUCGGUACCAUAUAGAGAGUAGUUGUUGAUUUAUAAUUGUUUAGAUGCUCAUCUUUGAGAGAUCACUCACAUGGAAAACCUUUGUUGAAUUUGACAACCCAGACUCUGCCCUCAAAGCUAGAUCUUAGAUGAAUGACAAAUACUUCUGUGAUGACAACACAUUGUUGAUGAAUGUGUAUGCCAGCAAAUUAACUUACAUAACAUUCCAAGAAAACAAUACUGGGGGAGUAGGUAUGAGUGCAAUUAAUUGUUAGAUUACACUUAGCUACGAAAAAAAGAAUCGUCACCUCCAAAUGAAGUUACACAAUCUUCUUCUUCAUCCAUUAAAACCAAUCCCAUCUCUCCUUAACAAAACUUCUAAUUUUUGUAAUCCCAAAUGUAAUUCCAACACCAAAUGUCUCGUCAAAUCUAACAAAUCAAUUCUCUUAUGGGACAAUUGUAAUAGGUUUGUGCAGAAGGCUUUGCUGCACCCUUAUAACAAAACACCGACCUCCAGAAUCAAAUUGAAAAGCAAUAGUCAAUCUUGAAGGACAUCUACGACUUUUAACUCAAAUUCUCCAACCUCACAGAUCAUUACUAAACCUUCUUACAAGAUUACAACCAACUUGAUGAUUAGAAAUCUACCAGUGUUCAAUCCAGCAGCAAUGGCAAACAGAACAGGAAGAAACUAACACUCCCCAACGACAAAAAGGUCAACAAUGGGGAUUAGAUUGAAUUCAUACAAAGUUAUCAUGAAUCGGAUGUUACCAAGGAUGUUAUGUUCCACAGUUCCGAUAAAUUGAUUGAUCAGAUGUAGGUUCAGAAGAUGUAUUAGAGUGAAGGAAAGAGUGUUGUCAAAGCAGAGGAACUCAAUUUCAAUGGAUUAGGUCUAAGAGAUUCCGAAGGCGAAGAUGACAAUCUUCAAGAAUAUGAAGAAGAAUUAUUCUAAAGAGUCAAUGGCAUUGAAAAUGAGAAUGAUAAUGAAUUGUUCAAAUUGGCAGAUUAGAAUUAAGAGCAAAAUGAAGAUAAAUAAGAAAUCUUUAAUAAAUGGAAUCAAGAGAUUAGCUCUGACAAAAGUGACAAUGUAGUUGCACAUCAAGUUGAAAAGCAAACUCAGAAAAAUACCAUUGAAUAAUCAUCAAGAAGUGUUGACAAUAUUGAUUAAUUAAUUAGCAAAGGUAAAAAUUAGAGUUCAAAUCCAUAAAUUACUUCCAAAAGUCAGACUUUGCAAUAAUAAUAAGAAAAACUUGAAGAAUAUGUGAAUCCUCUCUUUUUUAAAGGUUCUUCAUUUAUUGAUUUUGUUUAGCUCUGCGCAAAUCUAAAGUCAUUUAUGCAAGAUGGUUCGACAAGAAAGUUGUAACAUCCGCUAUGCUUUAUAAUAUAUUUAGUAUCUACGGCAACAUAGAUAAAAUGAUCUAUCUGAAGGAGAGAUCAAGUUGUCUCAUUCAGUAUGUGUUGUAGGAUCAUGCGGCCAUGGCUAAAGACGCUUUGAAUGAUAUCAUGUUUUAUGGAUAAUAAAUCAAAGUAUCUGCCACUUACUAAUUAGAUCUUUUUUUCAAAUUAUGAGGAAAUAUCCCUAAAAACAUAGCCAACAAAACCUGGUGAGAUUGCCUCCGAUCUUAAAACUCAAGAAGAAUACUUUUAAGGAGGAGAAGAAACUCACCGUAUCAAACCUGAUUCCACUUAUACUCUUGCUCCACCUUGUGACACAAUCUAAGUUUCUAAUCUUACAAGAAAUUCCUGCCAAAAUCAUAUCAUGUAAUAAUAUAUGCAAGAUUUUGGAUAAAUCAAAGUGUUGAAGUAUUACGAGUUGUUUUAUUAAAUAGAAUUCUAUCUACUGGGAAUAAGUAUAUGUGUAUCCUGAAAUAUGCCACUAUUGAGGUGGCAUUGACAGUUUUGGCUAAUAUGAAUGGAUUAGAAUUGGACGGAAAGUAAUUAUAUUUUGUUAUAUAAUUAUAGACCUAUAUAAAUUAACUUUUCUAAACAAAAAUUAUGAUUGGUUGAUUUAUC